AUGAUGCCGUGGCGUAGAAGGCACAAUCCCGAAGUUCAGGAUCUAGAGCAAGGCAAUGGUACGGCUAUGCAGGAAAUCCAUCCAGCUCGGAUUGGGCCUGCACCACCCAAUCCGGCUCAUACCGCUGCAAUUGAUGCAGCGAUCCCGCCCCAGCUUCAUGCGCCUGUGGCUAGGCCUGAGGAGCAGCUACUUCGUCUAGUAGGGCCCAAUGUGGGCGACUUUACCAUGUCCAAUGUACCUGGACACGCCACAGUCCCUCCUGAAGCGCUGACGUGGUGGAUGGAUCAAAGUGAAAAGCACACCAGUUUAACAUCCUUUGCCUUGUACAUUCACACACAUCGCGAGCGCACACGCAUCAAUCCACUAACCCCUGGUAAUAGUAUUCCGCCCUGGACUGCGGAAACACAAGCUUUGUUAUCGCUCCCUGGCCCUACGCAUGUCUUGACGUUGUCUUGCGACUGCAACGCACCACAGGCGCAAUUGGAUCUGUACGUCCUGGCGUCACGCCGACAAGGCACGAUUGUGCGUGCACCCACUGAACCGAUCCUUGGGCAUGAAGCGCAGGAAUGUGGGUGGCGUAUUGCGUCGCAUCGCAUGACCACAGGUUACGAUACAACGGUCCAACUUCCUCUUUUGCUGGAUCACGACUGGGUCGGCCAAGGCUGGAUCCCCAUUGCAGUGACGCUGGAAGCGUAUGGGGAAGAUGGCUGCCCCCUCGAGAGUACGAAUGCACUAACCUCGAUUUGGCAUUGCUCCGAAAGCCCAAGUUCGCCGGGGCAUUACCUGUACCAAAGCAAAUCGCAAGUGGCGACCUUUGGCACUCGUCACCUUCACCUGCAUGAGCUGUUUGGCUUCAGUGCGUCCACAGAGCAACAUGUGCCGUCUGCGUCCGAGAUGGGAACGCAGCAAGACGAUUUGCCACAGGGCACAGGGCAUGAGCCACUUAUGUUCAAUGCUGACCUCAUGGCCACGGCCACGUUACUGGCCGAAUCGGAUCGUAGCGAAGGAGCUGAAUGCCCCAUUUGUAUGUCGGAGCCAUCGACUACUGUCCUAUUUCCAUGCACUCAUGCGCUGUGUCUCGAAUGUGCUGUCCAAGUGCGCGAUAGUGUGCAGAAAGCACGCGCCCAGGACCGAAGCCAAGGACGGGAGUCGCGCCGCCAAUACGUGUGCCCAUUGUGCCGACGUCUCAUUGAAUCUAUGUUGAACUUGCGAAUGGAUAUCCCGAAGUGA